AGAGAUUAAUUACUUUGAUGUUUGGGUCUGUCAUGAAAUAUUAGAAUUAUUCUAAUUUUCCAAAUUCGAAAAUGGCUACGUCCACACAAUCAAGAAUUGAUUGCCAGAUAUGUGGAAACUCAUGCUACAAAGAAAAUAAUAAUUCUUCUGGUGACCGUCUUUGUAGGGAAUGUACAAGAUCUGAAUACACAUCUGCAGAAAAACUCCAAAGACCUCAAGAACAACAGAAAAAUGAAGAUCUUUCCAACAAGUUAUUUCCGCAUCCUGAAAAAUUUCAAAGGAGGAAAAUAACAUCAACUCCUCUUGAGUCACAAACAAAAAUAUCCAAAAGGCCUCUCAGGUGUCCCUACAGAGAUUGUGCAAAGUUUGUUGGUGUUUUCGAUAUAAGUCCCCAUUUCAAAUGUGAACAUAAAGAGGUGCCUCACAUAAUGACACAUUUUGAUGCCAGAAACGCUCUAGAAUUUUCUGCUAAAGAUGUUAAACGAGGAUGUAUAAGAACGAUGCUUCUACUCAAUCUGGAUGACUCUGGAAAUAUUGAACCAAAAACACCAUCAACGGCAUUAUCCAAAUCAUCCAGUUGUUUCUCCAAAGAAAAUUCAACAUUGCUUGUACUCGCCACCAAGUUAUCUGAAUAUGAUGUGGAUGACAAACUUCGAGACAAACCUAGAAAACAUAGAACUGACGAGAUAAAGGACACAGAUAAAUGGAUAUUCUGGGUAGGAUCAAAUAUAUCUACAAAUUUGUCAUAUACCAUAGCAAUAUCCACCCUAGACAAUGAGACAAGGUUGAAGUACUUCGGUCCUGUUGUACAUUUGGAAGAAUCUCCUGUCAAGUUAUGGGGAAAUGGAAGAUGUCUACUCAUGAAUAGGUUCAACAUUGAACGAAUGAGCCAGAAUUUUCAGAAGAAUCUCAAUUUAGAUGUCAUCAUUUAUACGGAAGAAUGAAUACACUCAAAAAAUCAUUUUAUAGCAUCUUUUCAAAUAAAUGUCACAGUAAAUGCAAUAAAUUAAUAUGAAUUUGUCAUAA